AUGGAUGAGUACUCGAAAGCACUUUCAUUUUACAAAAAAGCACUUGAAAUUCGACAACAAACUCUUCCUUCAAAUCAUCCUGAUUUGGCUACUUCAUACAACAACAUCGGUUCUGUUUAUUAUAAUAUGGGAGACUAUUCGAAAACACUAUCUUAUUUGAAACGUGCUCUGGACAUAUGGCAACGUGCAUUACCUCCAACUCAUCCUAAUAUAAAAACUGUAAAAAAGAAUAUUGAAAUUGUAAAAGACAAAUUAUGA